AUGGAGCCGGCCGAGAAGAAGCCGCCGGUGGUGUCCGACCUCGGCGCCUGGGGGAUGAACGUCGUCAGCUCCGUCGGCCUCAUCAUGGCCAACAAGCAGCUCAUGUCCUCCGCCGGCUACGCCUUCUCCUUCGCCACCACGUUGACCGGGUUCCACUUCACCGUCACGGCGCUCGUCGGGUGGAUUUCCAAGGCCACCGGCUACUCCACCUCCAAGCACGUCCCCCUCUGGGAGCUCGUCUGGUUCUCGCUCGUCGCCAACGCCUCCAUCACCGGGAUGAACCUCAGCCUCAUGCUCAACUCUGUCGGCUUCUAUCAGAUCUCCAAACUGAGCAUGAUUCCGGUGGUUUGCUUGAUGGAAUGGGUGCUCAACAGCAAGCACUACACAACCAAGGUUAUAUCGGCAGUGGUUGUCGUCGCAGCGGGCGUCGGGAUUUGCACCGUCACCGAUGUGGAGGUCAAUGCUAAGGGCUUCAUUUGUGCUUGCGUGGCUGUGUUCUGCACGUCGCUGCAACAGAUUACAAUUGGCUCCUUUCAGAAGAAGUACAACAUUGGGUCAUUUGAGCUGCUGAGCAAAACUGCACCAAUACAGGCAGUGUCACUUAUUAUACUGGGUCCCUUUGUGGAUUACUACCUAAAUGGGCGUUGGCUAUUGAACUACAGUUUUUCAACAGGGGCAACUUUCUUCAUACUGCUUUCAUGCUCCUUGGCUGUGUUCUGCAACAUGAGCCAGUACCUCUGCAUCGGGCGGUUCUCUGCAACCUCUUUCCAGGUCCUGGGCCACAUGAAAACGGUGUGCGUGCUGAUCCUCGGCUGGGUUCUGUUCGACUCGGCUCUCACCAUCAAGAACAUACUCGGGAUGCUGCUUGCCAUCAUGGGCAUGGUGGUCUAUAGCUGGGCCAUGGAGUCUGAGAAGAAGGCCACCUCGGCGAUCCCGCGGAACAAGAGCGACAUGCUGGACGGGGAGGACGUGCCCCUCAAGUCGAGAACGAGCGGCAUUCCGCUGUCCUCGGAACUUGAUGACCUCGAGGAAGGCCCGAUGAAGAGCUAG